AUGCGGCUGCAUGGCAAGAACUGGCGCAUGGUCUCGCAACACGUCGGCACGCGAAGCGACGGGCAGUGUCGCGACUUUUACAACGCCUUCCGCAAAAAGCUCAAACUUGAUUCGAUGAUUGGGCUGGGACAAGCAUCAACCGCAUCCCCUGAAGACGACGUCGACAUUCAAGGCGAGGGCGACUUUAUCGAAGCUGCUGCAGGCGCGCUGCCCUUCGACGGCGUCAUUCCCGCCCAUUCCAUCCCGUCUGUCACCACGACCCUUCCCGAUGGCACAAAGCAACUAGUCACAUACUGGACUCGUGUCGAGCGCGAGCGGCUGAUCGAAGGCCUCAAGCAGCAUGCCGGCGAUUGGAGUGCCGUUGCGCAGGUAGUGCAGACCAAGACGGCCACCCAAGUCAGAAACUUUUUCCACACCUACCGUCAGCAAAUGGAUCUGGACCAGCUGCUGUCGUCUACUCCUGAGCGGCGGUUUUCACAGUCGUCAGUGGACGAAAUUGGUAGUGUGCCAAACGCGACUGCAGUUGCCAACGAGGCGGACAGCCAACAUGUGGGCUUCAUGAGUGAUCAUGCUGCGGAGGUGGGCGACUCUCUCGACGUUCACCACGCCGUCGGAGCUGCAACUGAGCCCGUGAUCGAAACUGUGACCCAAGUAGAUGAGGGCAGCAAUGUUGAUGCAGCUCCUCCUGCAGCAGGCUUUGCUGAUUCCAACGAGCUGGCGCAUUCUGAUGAAGAGCAGCAACAUGCCUCUCCUAUGGCUGGCGUCGAAGAGUCCCAGCAACGUGCCGCCGUCGUCCCAGCCCUGGAUCGUAUCGAUUCGAGCCUCGUAGAAGCAACAUCCCCUUCUCUGAACGAGCCAACGCUGCCUUUGAUCGACGAAGCCGCCGUGUCUCACGAGGACUCGGGCCUGCCCUUGCGUGCUGAAACUCCACCACCACCACCACCAGUGGUGGCGGAAGAAGCAUCUGUGGCUGUUGAGGCAGCACCAAUGGCCGUGGAGGAACCACCAUUGGAAGUUCCCGCAGUUUCGGACGAUGCGUCAGCUGCUUAUGAAGCACCUGCAGUACUCGAAGAAGCGUUUGCGGUGCUGCAUGAAACUCCAGUUGCUUUCAAAGACACUCAUGAGGAGCCCACCGCCGCCGCGUCUCCUGCCUGCCACACUGCCGACACCGAUGCCAUGCAAGUGGAAUAUUCUGAAACUUACCCUGCUCAAUUGGAGGCUCCCACUGUUCCGACAGCCGAGACGACGUCCAUGAUGCAAACGGACGGGCACAUCGAGGCGCCAGAGCACACUCCGUCCUUUGUUGAUCCUGCAUCGAUCCCGAAUCAGCCAACUCCUCUGCCCGAACCUUCGGCACCUCUCGACAUUGCAUCGGACCUCAGCCAGCACCACCCACCUCAGGACGAUACGCCAACCAUUCCGCCGAGCUUUGAGCCUCAUGUCGAACCUACAACGACGGAAAUCGACAAGGCAGUCGACGCGCCAGCGGGCGAGACGGCUGUGGCAAGUGACGUCCCCGACGAGCCGAUGUCAACCGUCGUCGCUCCAAUGUCGACAGAGGAGGAUGCAGUUGUGGCCGAUCAAAACCCCGAGUUUGCUCUUCCAACUACCAGCACGGAAGUCUCGCCGCCUCUGCUUGUGGCUGAACCGAGUGAGCCGGAACAAACUCUUCAUUCUUCAUCAGAGCUCAGCCAGCAACCUGUGCCCGCCGACGCUGGCGAGGACGGCACUGUCGUCGCUCCUGUCGACGCUGCCACUCCUGCUGCGGACGUUGUUGUUGCUCCCACUGACGCGGCAGCCGACACUGUGGCAGAAGUUGGGGUGGAAUCCCAACCAGCUGAGCCGCCUUCCUCCGAGUUGCCCGAGUCUCGCAGCCCUGUUGCAUCUGAAGUCGCGUCGGCCGAGGAGGCGCCACUGCUGCCUCCGUCCACUACGGAGGAAGGAGCCAACAACAACGAGGCUCUCCCUUAAUGAAUGCGAACGGAGCCGGGUUGUUCCGUUUUGGUUUUGAUUUCACAAGUUUGAUUGUUUUAUGUUGUUUCUGUGCGUGUUUGUGUAUUUCGUUAUGAUUAAGUUUUGAAUUUUACA